UUAUAGAUACAUAUUCCUUCAUGUCUGUGUACAAAGAUACGGAUUAACAUGUAAAAACAUAUAGAGAGAUGUAUUUCUAUACAAACAUAUGUUUAUAGUAUACCCAUUUACAUGUUAAUAUCUGUUCGUAUUCAUAUUAACAUCUCUCUGUGGAGAUAAGUAAGACAGGAUAUUCAUCAAUUAAACUACUGCCUGGGAAUUAUGUAUUGAUUACCUAAUGCACAAUCAUUGUCUCUUUCUCCACUUGCCUUCAACAGGACACCUAAUUCUCUAUCUGAAACAGAAAUUUUUUUUUAUAUUCCUGGAAAAUUCUGUUGACAGCAGUGCCCCAUGGUGUGUAACCCUUGUGCCCAUGAAGACUAACAUCUCAAUAGUUCACCUCUAAACCACAUUUGCCAGAAGCCCUCUCCAGGCUCCAUGUUGUCACUAGCACAAAGCUGCUGUGCUGAGCAGUAACUGGAGGAGGCAGUGGUUUCCUUACUGGGGAAGAGCACUGAGGCACCAUGCUGCAGUAUGGACAGGGCCUUUAGAAAUGGGAUCCUUCCUCCUAGUGCUGGACAGCACAUGGACUUUGCUCUUCUGAUUUUCCCCAAAUAUAGAGAUUUGAAGCAACUUUGCUCAUGGGAGAGGCUUCCCAUCCUGCCCUUUACUAUGCCCACCAGGACAUUUGCAUGAUGUCCCCAAGGAGAGGCUUCCCUUCAAGUUCCAGAUAAAAACUCAACCUGUCUUGAUUCAUCUGGACCCUCAUUUCAGCAUUUCAAAAUGAGGCUCCCUGCUCAUUUCCUGGAGCUGGUAAUGCUCUGCAUCCCUGGUAAGGAUGGAGGGAGAUGAGGAUGGAGAAUGAGUGAGUGGGAUGGGGUCCCACUGUUACCUGUGUUGUUCUCUCCAUGUGAGAGACUGCAUCCUUCAGGAACAGGGUGAGAACAAGAGCUUGAGGUCUGUGUGAGUGAGGAAAAUUCCACUGGAGUUGGAGCUAUGGUGAGGUGAUGAUGUCACAAUGAAAGAGAAGGAUGAUCCACAUUAAUUCUCAAGUGGGUGCAAAUGUUGGAUACUUUAUUAUAAGUGAACACUUUUUCCUAUAUAUGAAAAUCGCAAAAAUAAUUUAGCUUCAAAUAUGAAAUAAUGGAGACAAUAUGAAAAUGAAUCAUCAUGCCUGUACAUGACCUUGUCUUUCUAUCCAAUGAUUAAGGGUCCACAGGAGAUAUUCAGAUGCCAAGACCCCACUCUCUCUCACUCUCUUUGGCACCCGGAGAACCAGGCUCCUUCUCCUCUAGUUCCAAACAGAGUCUUGAGCAUAGUGAUGGAAUCAUCUAUUUGAGAUAAUGGUACAUAAGCCAUACCAGGCUCCACAAGGCAUGAUUUUUCAGGUUUUCAAAAAGCACUCUUCGGUCCUAGAAAGGUGCAUUAGCAGCUUAUCAAGAAACGAUUUCACACUCAAAAUCUGCAGAGGUCAGGGUGAGGAGGCUGGAGUUUAUUACUGUUAUCAAGGAAUAGGAUGUCCUCCCCCAGUGAUGCAACCCUGAGAAAAAUCCUCCCGGCCUGGAAGGUCCAGCUGGUCACCUGCAAUGUUGGGCACACCAGAAGAGUUUAUUAGUACAGCAGAGUGCAGAAAAGGCCUCUGUGCAUGACUAAGUAGAAAAUCAAAAGAGCAUGGGGACCUAUGUUCUGUGCAGACUCUGCCACAUAAAGAGGAUGUGGCUGACUUCCACAGGUUCCUUGAGCUUUGCAAAUUCUAUUCUUUUUUUUUUUCAAUUUGGAUGUAAACCUGAGAUGGUUAAUAAGAUGCAAUUGGUGUAUAACAUUUGUACUCUAUCUACCUUUUUUUGCUUAUUGUGUAAGGUUCACUAGGGGAUGAGGUGGUGUCAGUCUGGUUUACAGGUUGGGAGACCCAGCCUACUACUCAGGAAGGAUCAGAGUUAAAGAGGUACCUUUUUCACUUUCAAGUAUGGAUCAGACCCAAUUGCAAUAUGGAGGAAGGGUGCAUCAUGGAAGGCUAACACCAAGAUUAGUAAUGAUCCUGGCCAUGUAUGCACUAGGCUGUAUCACAUGUUCCCCACCAAUCCAGUGGGCACAACUGAACACCCAAUUCAUUUACGAAUCUGACCUCAUCAGAAUGCAGGAGUGACUUGAAAACAGGAAAUGACCCCUCAUUUGUCACAGGAAUGCCACAGAACCCACUAACAUAACAAGAUCCAAAGGGGCAAGAGAAUUCUCAAGGAAUAUCUAACAUGGAUCAACAGUAGUUAGGGAAUUUAUGGUUAUGUAAAGCUCUGUCUUUCCAUCAGUACCCAUCAAGAUAUGGAAAUACAGUAAAAAAUCAAUUUAAUUUAACAAAUGUAUCAACUGUAGAAAUAAAAAAGGGUCAAAAUAGUGCAGAGUGAACUAGAAACACAUAAAUUAAUAAAGAUGAAUUUGAUAAUAUAAUAAGCUUAAAAGGGGACUGAAAAAAUGAUAAAAUAAACAGCAUAAUACAACAAUAAGAAAAUGAGUCAUAGAAAUAAAAAAAGGACGAGAGAUCAAAAUACUGGACCACAUUAAAUAUAAAUAAAUAAAUGUGGUAAAGGAAAACACAAAACAAAGCAGAGCAAGUGAAGCAAACUCUAGAAUUCUCUUGCUGAGAAAGUUAUAUGACAGAAGUAUUUUUCUAGGUUUUCUAAAAAUGAAUUAGUACUUAUGUGAGGAGAGUGGUAGAUCCCAGCCCAGGACAGGUGUGCUUCCCUCUCCAACAGCAGAUUCUGCUGACAGGUGAGCUCUGCUAUAUCUUAGCCCCUAGGCAUGACCAGGAAAGUGUGUGUGUGUGUGUGUGUGUAUGUGUGUGCAUGUGUAUUUGUGUGUGUCCAUUUCUGUUUGUCUGUGGGGGAUGAGGUGUCACUUUGUAGGCCCAACCCCCUCUAACCUGCAAUUUACAAUAGCCGCCCUGGUAUGCGAGAAGGAGGUAGAAUAGGAAUGCCUGUUCUCAGUGAGACCCCUCACCCUCUGGAAUCCAUACUGUGAGCUGGCUUUGUUUUGCAGAAGUCUUGAGGAAGUGGCUGGCCACCCUUUGUGACACUAACAGCAGACAAAUUAACAACAUUCUUGAGCUAAUGAAUUUCUUCCUGGGCUAGAGAAGUUAUGAGAACUGGUUGUGAUUAUUUACUUCACUUAGAUAGUUUUAGAAUAAACAUUGUAGUCUGUCACGUUGUAGCUUGCCACAAAGAAUGCCUUUUCACCACUUAAUUAUCUGGGCUCUGUGAACUGAUCGGGUUUACUAUAUAUGAAUCCUAAAAUAAAGAUUGUGCGUGCAGUGCAGUGUAACGCGGUGCAGACAGUAAAGGUGUCUCUCCUGUCUUUCUUUUCCGAGCACUGUACCCCCCGUGUCCCGAUCAGGCGUGUGUGCGUGUUUACCUUGCCCGGAGUUCAGAGUGCUCUAAGACACUCACGACAAGUGGCGCCUGAAUUCAGGGACUCCGAAGGUCGCUUAGGAAGAAAAUGGAAUUCAGCAGUGGGUCCCUGGACGAUGGAUCAGGAUCCGCGCCUCCAGACCCUGUUCGCCAGCCCCGGAGACAACUCCCCAAGGAACCGGAACCGUGCCUUCAGAAGCGAGCGCGAAACCAGCUAGAGGCUAAAGAUGCUGAGCUUGUUCCUAUCGCAGCCAUGGCCAGAUUACAGCUAAGAAAAUCCCGCCGCUCACAGCGACCAAAUUUAAAUCCCCUCCCUACAUAGGGACAAUUAAAGAAAUUGACCAUAGAAGGGCAACGGCUUGUCCUUCAAGCAGGAAAGCCUUUAAACCCUGAAAACUUGUUUUUAGCUUUAUGUGCCUUGCUCACCGUUGCAUCGGGGACUGAGGUACCUCCACAUUCGUACUGGGCAUAUAUUCCAAAUCCCCCUUUAUUAGAACCUGUAAAAUGGGGAACUAGUGAUAUUUUACUUUAUACCACACCUAGAGAAAUUUUGUCAGCACCGUGGGCUGAUUUAACCCCCCACAAUCAAGAUGAUGGGACAUUAUUCAAUUUUACUUAUUAUGGUAAUCAAAGGCCUAUUUGCAUUGGGGAACCGCCUUGCAUCCCUCUGGGAUGGCAGUAUUGGAUUCAACAUGGAAUAAAAGCAGGCAACAAAAGGACAAGGCUUCAAGCCUUGGCUGCUCAAACCUUUAAUGUUACCUGGAGAAAUUUAACAGCACCUGACAUAAAUACAUUUCCUGUAUGCCCUGAAUUCACUUAUAAAAAUAUUUCUUAUAAUCCCAUAAUUUGGCAACUAUGUAUGGGAAAAUUUGCUAAAAAUAUUGAUGGGUAUAUUAUUUGGGGACCAUUUGGAAAAUUCGUUAAUGGAUGUGCUGAAUGGAAUGAGACAAGAUGUAAUCUCUCUGUUGUGUAUAGUCUUCCAGAUCCAAAGAAAAUAACUGACGGAGCUCCUAUAUUUCCUCAGAAGACGUCUCUUUUGUGGUGGGGAGAUGGUGGAAUCGCUAACCCUGCUGUUGCAGCCGAAGAAUACCCUCAUCACCUUCAAAAUCAUAUUUGGAAGAUUCCAGCCGCUAUGCAACCUGUAACCUUGUACAAUGUUUCCUAUUCAGGGACUAGUCGAUCUGUAUCUACUACUUAUAAUUUUACUAGGUUUAAAAUGUAUAAUAUUACUGUUUGUGCACCUCUGCCUUAUGUCUUUUUAGUGGGAACUUUUAAUUUUACACAUUUUUCUUGUACUUGUUUAAAUUGUCAAUUGUUUACAUGCUUAAAUAGCACACUAAAUUUCACUAAGCCUUAUACAGUUAUGCUGUUACAACAAAAAACUCAUAUUUGGUUGCCUGUAAAUUUAACUCGACCAUGGUCUCAAGACCCAGUAAUUUCUGUUACUACUGAAUUUUUUAAACAUCUGUUAAAACGUACAAAAAGAUUUAUUGGAAUAGUGGUUGCUGUACUGUUAAGUCUGAUAACUGUAGCCUCCCUAGCAGCAGUCUCAGGAAUAGCUUUACAAACCUCUUUGCAAGAAAAACAUGUUGUAGAAUUAUGGCAUGAGAAUUCUCAUGAACUUUGGUUAACUCAGUGGCAAAUAAAUGCCAAACUACAACAACAAAUAGACCUCCUUAAACAAACAGUUGAAUGGAUGGGUAGAAAAAUAUUGGCUCUUCAGCAUCAAAUGUUUUUAAAAUGUGAUUGGAAUUCAACUACUUUCUGUAUAACCCAACGACCUUAUAAUCAAACAGAACAUGAAUGGGAAGUGAUUAGAAUGUAUCUAAAUGGAAACACCUCUGCCCAGGAGAAAAUAGAAUCUUUGCAUAAUCAAAUUGACAAGGAUUUUGCAAAGCAAAAUGAUGAUGAAUCCCUGGCACAAUUCGCGCAAUUGCUUGCUCAAUCUUUGAAAGGAUUAGAUUCCAAAGGAAUCUGGCAGAGCAUAACCCACACUUUAAGUGGCAUGGGACUUAGUUUAAUUAUAGUUCUCAUUGCCAUAGUUCUUGUGUAUUUUUACUGCAUAAGACGAAAUACUAUUAAUAACCUGAUCUUAUGGAAAUUAUUGUUAAAAAAUAAAAAGGAAGGAAGUGUGGGGGAUGAGGUGUCACUUUGUAGGCCCAACCCCCUCUAACCUGCAAUUUACAAUAGCCGCCCUGGUAUGCGAGAAGGAGGUAGAAUAGGAAUGCCUGUUCUCAGUGAGACCCCUCACCCUCUGGAAUCCAUACUGUGAGCUGGCUUUGUUUUGCAGAAGUCUUGAGGAAGUGGCUGGCCACCCUUUGUGACACUAACAGCAGACAAAUUAACAACAUUCUUGAGCUAAUGAAUUUCUUCCUGGGCUAGAGAAGUUAUGAGAACUGGUUGUGAUUAUUUACUUCACUUAGAUAGUUUUAGAAUAAACAUUGUAGUCUGUCACGUUGUAGCUUGCCACAAAGAAUGCCUUUUCACCACUUAAUUAUCUGGGCUCUGUGAACUGAUCGGGUUUACUAUAUAUGAAUCCUAAAAUAAAGAUUGUGCGUGCAGUGCAGUGUAACGCGGUGCAGACAGUAAA